UAUUUGUACCAUUCAAAUGCAAAUGUAUUUCAACGGUCUCUCUCUUCCUUGCUGCCCAUGGAGAACAGAUUGAGGUGGGCACCGUAGCUCCAGACCCCCCCUCUGCAGCAAGCCUGCCCACAGCUGAGUACCAUGAGGAGGAGCUGACCCUGCCCCCAGCUCCCGUCACUCUGGACUUCAAGGGACCGGGUCUCUUUGGCCCUGAUACUGGCGUUGGUAUGCCCACCUGCUUGCUGUGUGUGUGUAUUGGUGGGAGUGUGUACUGUGAUGACACAGGCCUGGAUCAGAUCCCACUCCUUCCUAAAGACACCACCCAUUUUUAUGGCCGCUUCAACAACAUUCGACAUGUCAAGAACACAGACUUUAACUACCUCAAUCAACUCCAGUCCAUUGAUCUGACAGGGAACCAGAUUUCAGGGAUGGAUGAGGAUGUGUUUCUGUCUCUGCCGCAGCUUCACCAGUUGCUGCUGGCUGAUAACAACCUGCAGAGCAUGCCUGAGCUGCCAAUCACCAUGAAAUACAUCGAUGUACACAACAACCGUCUGAUCAGUAAUGGGGUACAUUCUGAGGGAUUCAAGGACAUGAGCCAGCUGGAGUUCCUCUAUCUGUCUGACAAUAAACUGGAUUACAUUCCUGUACCACUACCACUGGGUCUGAGAGUUUUACACCUGCAGAAUAACAACAUCCAGACUCUGUACGAGGACUCCUUCUGUAACAGCCAUGAUCGCCACUUCACCCGCCGUAACCUGGAGGAUAUCCGCCUGGACGGCAACCCCCUAAACAUCCAGCUAUUUCCCCAGGCCUACGUCUGCCUGCUCCGCCUGCCUGUAGGGAGCCACUGAGAGCUGCCAGAAACCAAAUAAAGAGCCUGGAGAGGCCAGGAGGCUCUGAGGAGGGAUGGAGGUUAUAGAUACUGUCAUGGGGUUGGAAAAUGUCCGGUUACUCAGAAAUACUUGUAUUUGUUAUGUCAGUGGUAAGUGAAUGUUCUAGGAUAUAUUUUAUUCUGUGGACCAACUUUUCAACACACACUAACAAACACCUGUAUUUUUCAAAGAUAGACGCAAGUGUUAGUGUUCCAGCAAUACAAGAACCAUGUUAAUGGGAAUCUGUCACGCUGUUGAAAUACUGUGAUAGUGAGAAAU